AUGGGUUCUAAUAGAAAUUUCAUUACUACGGCACUACUUGCGUAUCUCGCUAUUGGAAGUGGAAGAAAUGUUGAAACAAAAUUUACGUCAUUAUUUCCUCCUGGAAAGACGUUAGUUUAUGACUACUAUGGCGAUGUCAAGGCAGGGGUGAUGAUAUCAGCAGCAUACGCUUCUCAGUAUCCAAUUAAGGGGAAGUUCUACAUCACUACUCACGCCAGUGAUCCAAAUACUUAUAUUGUAGCUCUUAAAAAUGCUACCACUGGUCGCCACAAUGGUAGAGCUGCGCAUUUUGAGAAGACUUCAUUCUACACGUCCAUGCCUGAAGCCGCCGAAAUUAUUGAACACCCAUUUCUCAUUUUUCUCAGUGAAUCGAGAAAGCUUAAAGGAGUCAAAGUUUCCGAGCAUGAACCGGCCUGGUCUAAAAACAUGAAGUUUGCAUGGGCUUCAAUGCUUCAAUUGAAUCUGGAGAAUAUUUCAUUUGAAUCGCCCGAAAAAACUCAAAGUUUUAUAACUAAUGAGAGAACAAUUCACGGAAAUUGUCAGACGACCUAUGAUAUCAAUCCUAUGUACCCAAAUUUUAAUAAGACUAAAACUUGGGUUGUUACCAAACUUUCAUCACCAAUGGAAUGCGAAAAAUUCAAAAUUCAUAUACACGAUUAUAUUACUACCAAUAGGUGUAAAUUCCCUGCAGAGAAUAUAUUGAACACUGUUAGCAGAAAUGUCUAUGAAAUCAAAAAAAGAGAUGACAAUAAUUUAGUGCUAUCGAAAAUUCUUUGUCAUGGAGUAACUAAUUAUUUCCUAUCUUAUAAUAAAAUUAAUGCCUUCUAUACUUUUACCAAUUCUACUUUCAUUUUGGAAAAAAUCGUACCAUCAACUGAGUUUCCAUGGACUACAGUUAAUUUUGAUAAUGUAGCAUUGAUUACUGACUGGAGCUACCAAACACCAAAAACUCAUUAUGCAGAAAACGCAGCUUUUGAUUAUACUAAUGGACGUCACGUUGUCAAUCAAACCGCUUUGAUAACUAAAAUCAAACAACUCUUAAAAGAUGCUGCUAAUUAUCUUGAUGAGAGUUCAAUUGGAGCCCAAGAAUUCAACUGGCAAAGUAGCAAAAGCGUCAUUAGUAUCCGUGAGCAUUUGAGCUACGCCGAAAUUUCAUCAUAUGAACAAAUCUUCGAUGAAAUUAAAUAUGUUACAACUCAUUUUGAAAAACUCAUCAAACGUUUAUUUUUGAGUUUAAUGCCUCAAGUAGGAACCACCGCAGCAAGUGUCUUUACUUGGAAUCUUAUAAAGAACAAAAAUGUCAUUGAUGCUGAAGCGAUGGAAAUGUUGGCAAAACUUCCAUUCAAUCAUAAAGAUCCUUCCGAAAAAUUACUGAAUCUUUUAGAACCCAUGAUCAAAGAGAGCGAAUCUCUUUCUCAACCAGUCCAUGAUCCCGAAUACGAAAUGCAAUUUGUCUAUAUGUCAGCUAUUAAGAACGUCCGAGUAGGAAAAAUUUAUGAGCUUUUGGCACGAAUUGUUCGUGGCGAAAUUCGACUUCCCCAGUAUCCAAAUCAUAUCCGUUUAAUGGCCAUGUGGGCAAUUGCCGAAUCUGUUUCAACAAGGUACAAUCUUGUUUACGAAUUGUACUGGCCUAUUAUGUCUGAUUAUAAUCUUCCUAUGAACCUCCGUAUAACGGCUUAUGAAUAUCUCAUUAAAUUCGCAAAAUCGAUAACUGAUGUGCUCCGUAUUCACUGGUUUAUGCUUUACGAGAAAAGUGAGCAUUUGUACAACUUCCACUUCACAACAAUUAAUGGCCUUGCAAGUUCAUUUGACCCAUGUAACUUGAAACUCAAAGAAUACGCCACAGAAAUAUUACGUUACACCGGAGUUCAUGAACCAGUGUCCUAUGAUCUCUCAGCUAACUACUUGAUUGAAACAGUAGACGAAAGCGGAGAUGGACUCAGAACUAAGGUUUCUAUAAGCCGCGAUGAACGCAAUCGCGGAUCUAUUGUUAUAUACAUAAAGAACGUAGUUAUGGAUGGUCGUAAAGAAAUCAGCAACUGGGCUGCUUACUUACAUCUAGGAGGAAUGGAAAAUCUAUUGAAUCUAUUCAACGGUAAUACUUUACAAUUUACAGAUACUGUUCAACGAAAUUCGGUUUUCGAUGCUAUCAAAAAAGUCGCAAUUGCCAUAUCAUCGCUGAAAGAUUUCCAUAUGGAUCUGGUAGUGCUUUAUAGAGAUCAAGCCAUAUCUUGCAAAAACUACAAUUAUUUUUCAUGGUUCAAAUUGGUCAGUGACAUGGACCAAAUAAUGCAUGCAUAUGAUACUCCAUUGAAUAACUCAGUGUCAAAUUAUGGAAAUGAAAUUGAUUCUUAUCAUACAUUUAAUAACAUGGUCGAACAUCACUUGCCCAAUGAUUUGGGAUUACCGGUUGUUUUUGAAAGCCAAUCGUUGGCUGUUUUCGGAUUGCAAGCACAUAAAAACCAGAGCUUUGAAAGUACCAAUGAUACUACACCAAUAGAAUCAAUAAUCGAUCCUAAAUUUUGGUUUACCUAUGUCGAUUCUGUAUCUGCUUACAAUCCGAUAGCUGAUGCUUGGCACUCUGUCGAACAGUUAUCAGUUUUUAAUGCUAACUUUUCCCUUGUCUUGAACCCUAAUUUAAAUCCUGUUAUUGAAUUUUUGAAACAUGUUUAUCUUAGAUACUGGGAUAUGACACUUACCGGAGCUAAUAUAAUGAUGUACAAUAAGAAUAUCGUUUCUAUCAAAGAUUUUAACACUUAUAUUCCAUCGAGAGAACACUCAACUUAUAAUAAUGAAAAAGCUAUUACUGAAGAAAUUAAUGACAUCAACAAUUCAGCUGAAUUUGACAUUUCGUACAAUGGAUUAAUGUACCAGAUAACGGUUUUUAAUUGCGAUAGUCAAUUUGAUAUAACAACAACCGAGAAAUGGCUAAAAAUGAGUGAAUUUCUCGAAAACUACGAUCUUUCAAAGUUCCCAAUGUCACUCUUCAUCAAAGAUUGUGGUAAUGCCAUCAAGAUUUCACCAAUUCUACAAUAA